UAUUUUAUAUAUUUUUUUUUCUUUUUUAGGGUAUUUACGUUUGCUGCAAGUGAGAUGCAUACAAAUGUUGAUUUGGCUUGAGCUGUCCGCUUCGAUUUAGAUUUCGGAGUUUUGUAAAAUAAACGCUCUAAUAUAAAAAAUUAACCUUCAACAAUAAUUCUGGCAUGACUGCUAUGUUUGAGAAAAGUAUUGAUUUUGUAAUGACUACAAAGGUGCUUCCAAGUCAAAGACAAGGAAAGAAGCAGAAAUAUUACGAAGUGUGGGUUGCAAUAAAUAAAGUUAAUGGGUGGAUUUUAACGGCAAAUUGCAAAUGCAUGGCAGGAUUGGGCUCUGUGUGUAGUCACAUCGGUGCUUUGUUGUUUAAGCUUGUUGGGUGUGCACAGCUCGGUUUAAAUAAAAUAUCUUGCACAAGUACAUUGUGCAGUUGGAAAAAAUCACGCAAAUCAGCAACCCCAACCCCACUAAAAAAAAUAAACUUUUUCCGACCAAAGAAGCGUGAAACUCUUCCAAAUAUUAGUGACAAUGAAAACUCACAAGAUGAAAGACCUUACAGCUUUAAGGAUCCUACACCAACUUCAGAUAGUAAAAAAAAAAAGUUGCUAGUACUAAAAAAAUUGUAUAAGAAUGCUGCUGUUCUUCAGUCUGUAGACAUUAAAAAUGAAAGCAAAGAACAUUGUAGUGAUACAGAUACUGCGGAGGAGGAUGACAGUUACAAUGAAUAUAAUUUGCCGGAACCACUUACUUCACUAUAUUUGCCUGCAUCAAUUAAUUUAGAUGAUUCCACCUUAACAAAAUGUUGCGCAGAAUCAUACGAGGAGUACAAAAUCACUCAAAGUGUUAACAUGUACAGCAAUUUACUUAAAGUUACAAAAAUUCAAAGCGCUAGUAGAAUCUGGAAGUUGCACAGGGCAGGUAGAAUAACAGCAUCGUUAUCAAAAACUGCGUACAACAUAAAAGUUGAUAAAUACCCUAAGUCGUUUAUAAACACAGUGAUGCAAUACAACGCAGAAUUCAUUACAAAACCUACGAGUUAUGGUAAGAAAAUGGAGACUGUAGCAAUAAAUUCUUACAAGCAAUUUUUCGCGAAAACACAUACAAAUAUAGUUGUUACAGAAACUGGAUUGCAUGUUCUUCACAAAAAUCCAUGUCUUGGUGCUUCACCUGAUAGUAUGGUGUGUUGUGAUUGUCAUGGUUCCGGUGUAGUGGAAAUUAAGUGCCCAUAUAAGUAUAGAAAUGGGUUAGAAAAUUGGAAAACAGAUACGGAUUUUCCUGUAAAUUUUGACAAUACGGUAAAGAAAACACACCAGUAUUACUUUCAUGGGCAGCAAGAAAUGGUCUUUUGUGAAAAACUGGAAACAAAGUUGACAACAAUAUUUUUGAAAUUUUUCCUACCUGAAAGAGUGUCUAGAAAAAAUGAUCCUAACAACCUUUUGAGCGAUCAAACAUACUGCAUUUGCAAACGUCCAAGUUUUACACCAAUGAUUGGAUGCGACGGAAAAAACUGCAAAAAGGAUGGUUUCAUUACAGUUGUAUUGAAAUAA